AUGCGUCCAUUCUCCCUGACCCAGCAUCAUUCAGGGUUCCUGCGGAGCCUACCUCUCUGUCGCCAAUGCCUCCGACAGGUUUCCACCACCCCGCCCCUGGCUUCAGGUCACAACAAAUGGUCCAAGAUCAAGCAUCGCAAGGGUGCCGCUGAUGUUCAAAAGACCGGCCUCCGCGCCGAAUCGUCGCGCAUGAUCGCGCUCCUCUCACGAUUGCACGGCGAGACCAGCCCUCAAGUCGCCGCCGCCCUCGCAACUGCCAAGAAGGCCGGCGUUCCGAAGCACAUCCUCGAGGGCGCCGUCGCGCGAGGCCAGGGCCGCUCUGCCUCCGGGGCCAGCCUCGAGCCCCUGACCAUCGAAAUCAUCAUGUCCCCGGGCGUGGCAUUGAUCGUGGACUGCGAGACCGAUAGCAAGGGCAGGAGUCUGCAGGAUCUCAUGCUGAUUGCCAAGCGGCACAAGGGCCGCACAGGCUCGUCUGCGACGUUCCUGUUCACAAGGUUGGGGCGCGUAGUCUUUGAACCUAGAGACCCAGCAGCACCGGCUGAGACGCCGGCGGUGACCGUCGACGAUAUCUUGGUUGAAGCCAUCGAAGCGGGCGCCGAGGAUAUUGAGACUGAUGAUGAUGGAAACAUCGUCAUCUGGACGCAGCCGAACAUGACGACGGCUGUGGCGCAAGCACUGGGGCCCAGCUUCGGAGACCGCAUUCUCAGUUCGGAGAUCAUCUGGGCAGCGAAUGAAGAUACCAAGGUGAAGGUCGACACAGAGCUCGACGCACAAGGCCUUGCCGACCUGCUGGCUGCCCUCCAGGAGCAACCAGAGGUGCAGGGCAUCUACGCCAAUGUUGCGCGGGGGUCCAUUUCGGACGAAGAUUGGCAGCGCAUCGAGGAGAACCUUGAUACGUGA